GCUUCCUAGUGAGGACAAAACAGAUCAAAACACUGCAAAAGUUGCCAAAAUCUUCCAAACCAUACAUCUAAUUUCACUGCAAUAACGCUAAUCAGUAAGAACAAUAAUCAGGGGCAUGGAGUUAAUAGGCUCUGAAGAAACAGACACACCAAGAACUGCUGCCAAAAAGAAAAAGUCUGCCUUGUCAAGAUUUGCUGCCCGAAAGAAGAAGGGUUCCGAUGGAGAGAGCGAUUAUGGGUCAAAAGGUUCUUUAGGUUUAGUAGGCGAUGAUGAGUCCACUAGAGGCUCAAAUAUUGACUUUGGAGUGAGGCCUAGUCCGUCUCCUCGAUUCACUAGCUCAUCGCGGUAUGGGGAGGAUCAAACUGAUGCUGAUUUUGGAGGCAUGAAAACAGGAACAGUCGGUUAUCAGCCAAAAGUCGGCAUUUCACCAAGACUUGACAAUCCUUUGCAGUAUCAAGAUGUUGACAUGCUGAAGGCUGGUGCUGAUGUGACAGACUCUGGGUACACCAGAAACUAUGAUAGGUCUGGCAUUACUCCAUUAGAAUAUUCUUCAAAUACCAACAAUACUGGUCCAAUUCCAAACCAACGAUCAGUACGAACUCCUUCAGAAAAUACACUUGAGAGAUUUCAGUCAUUAAACGUAGAGGCAGGUUCCUCAUUCGAUGCAAGUUAUAAGGGUGAAAAACGAAACCGCGAUCAAAAUUCAUCAACUGAAGAAGUUGAUCCUGAGACUGGGCAUUCACGGAAGCUUACAGCAGGAGAUGCUAUUGGUGAAAGCCAUUCAGAUGACUACAGGAGCAGACCAUCACCGAGACAUCCAUCACCAUCACCAAAUAAUGGUGGUUUUGAUUACGGUGCAGCAGCAGUGAGUGCUUCUGCUGCUGCUGCUGAGGAAAUGGAAGUUGAAAAUGAUAGUGAUGACUCUGGAAAUGUAGACUUUGGUGAUACAAAUAAUGAAAUUUUAGGUAUGUUAGAAAAACAUGAAGAAGCUGAAAAGGCUGGUACACCGGAUCCUUUUGCCGCAUAUAUGACAAAAAAUACUAACGAAUUGAAUGAGGAGGACCCAGAGACACAAGAAAUCCAUGAUCAUUAUCGACAUUUGUUGACGAGUACACCUACUAAUGAGCGGAGAGUGGACCAGGUGGCGCGACAGUCUGACAGAGCUGGCCCGUCCCCCUUGGCCUCUGAACGUCCAUUCAACCCGCAAGGGCGUCCAUACACGCCACAACGCCCGUCCAAUUUGUCCAUGACUGCUACAAGUUCUUUCGGGAGUGAUACUUUUGAUACCACGUUUUCUAAGACUUCACGGAUGCAGCGUGCAUUGUCUCAGACAGGUUCCGCUGGUCAGGCUCUUGAUUCUAUGUCACAAAGAUCCUACUCGACUACCUGCUCACUUGCACCGAUAUCUACAAAGACGGCUAGAGAAAGGAGCUUCCUAGUUGGUAGCAUCAACUCAAACUCGAUGCUUGGUAAUGAGGAACUGAUGAGGUGUUUUCCAGACAAGAAGAUGAAAGUUUAUGUGGCAACAUGGAAUGUUGCUGAGAAAGAUCCGAAGGAUUUGCCAAAAUCACUCAACGACUUCCUGCUACCAGAGACAGUUGAUUUCAUGCCUGACCUGUGUGUGAUUGGCUCUCAAGAGUCUUGCCCCGACCGACGAGAGUGGGAGAUCAGGCUACAGGAGACACUCGGUCCAUCACAUGUCCUGUUCCAUUCAGCUUCUCAUGGCUCUCUCACAUUGGCUGUGUUCAUUCGUAGAGAUCUCAUUUGGUUUUGCUCUGUGCCCGAAGACGAUCACUUAUCGACUCGUACCGCAGUCCGUACCAAGGGUAGUGUUGGUAUCAGCUUCACAGUAUUUGGGACUUCUUUCCUAUUCAUCAAUUCUCAUUUUAAAUCAGAUGAUGGCAAGCUAGCCAUGAGGUUGGAAGAUUACAGCAAGACGAUCGCAGGGCUCAAAUUACCAAAGCCUGAUGUUGAUUGGCAUGGGACUAAAGCUGAUGAUGUGACAGCACGCUUUGAUGCCGUCUUCUGGAACGGUGAUAUGAACUUCCGCAUCGAGAGAGACCGCCACAUUGUGGACAAUGUGAUGGAUGCGAUCAAGGCUAAGCGACACCCGAAUUAUGAAGAUUUGCUCGUUGGUGAUGAGUUACUGAAGGCAAGAAAUGAAGGAAAAGCAUUUGCCAAGUUUCUGGAGGGUCGUAUCAAUUUCGCACCAACAUAUAAAUUUGACAUCGGUACAGAUGAUUAUGACACAUCACCUACUCUUAGGAUACCAUCUUAUACUGAUCGUAUUCUGUUCCGCUCCAGAAAGAAGCAUGGUAUUGUUUGCCAUCACUACGACACUGUGGAUACCAUCAAGACUUCUGAUCAUCGGCCAGUUUAUGGUCUCUAUGAGGUCGAUGUUAGACCUGGACGUGACAAUAUCCCUUUGGCAGCUGGGAACUUCAAUCGUGAUGUGUAUUUAGAAGCCAACAACCGACGUGCCCAACAUUUAGAAACCGAUCCAGUGCCUCUCCCGAAAUCACAGAAAGCAAGUGGUGUAUGCAACAUUCAAUAGGAAUCGUAUUGCAGAGUUUCUGUUGCAAUAGGGUAUUGCAAUCCCAAUAGGUAGCACUGAUUUUCACUAUACGAUUCGUAUCAUGUCCAAAUUUAAAGUGACGUCACAUCUUCAUCACAAAAAUGCAAUGCCUAGUGACAGUCAGUGCCACGUAACGUGGUCACAGUUCUGCUGGUAUCCUCUUAGUCUUAUCAUCAUUUGUUAGAAAACCUUCCAAAAUAUUCCCUCCAAAACUACUCAAGGACUUUAAUCUCCCCCUAAUCAUACCUAAUGAUAUCUUGACACACCCAACUAUAGCAGUGACAAAACAAGCCUUUUUCAACAAAACAUAUAAUUCCGUCCCCUUUCUGGUUGGGCCCUGUUUUGCCCGUGCCCAUUUGAUAAUUAAACAUCAACAUUAUAUAUUUGUAUAAAGCUGCAAAUCCCCCAGGUAAUGAAUUCAGGAAUCAAAUGCACUUAAUUAUUUUCUUGACUAACUGAGCUUUACCUGAAAUAUUAAGAUUGUGACAACUCAUGAAAUUAUUUCCGCCUGCCUUUGUUUAGGAUUAAUGAACAGUGUUAGAAGUAGAUGAAAUGCUGAUACGCACAUUAACUAGUCAAACUAUGUGCAAUAUAAUAAUAAGCAGGUUAACCUGUGUGUGAAUGGCAUAUUCUGAAAAUAUAAACACCAUGUUUUGCCAAAAUGUUUAUUGUCAUUUGACCUGCAACCAAUUAAAUAUAUUUGGCCUUAUUCUAGAGUUGAAGCAUCUUUGUCGUCUUCAGCGAUGGAAGAAAUUCAGCAUAUACUUUAAUUUCGUGUUUUGGUGUAGUUUAGGUAUAAGCUUUUCACUGUUUCACCUGAGAAAAUUUAUCAUUUGUGUUGAGAGCUUGACAUAGUCAGUGAAACCGUGUUUGAAAACAGUCAUGUCUACUUCAUAUCAUGUCUGAAUAUGUGAAAUUUGUACACAACAUUGUUGUACUUGGACUUUGAUAAUUAUGAUGUAUUGAUUCUGCUACUUAAGUUCUCCUCUGUAGUUUAUUAUGAGAUUGUAGAUAUUGAACAUGCUGAGUUGUUUAUGUCAGAUUUUUGCUAAAUAAGGCAUGCUGUGAUAAAUAUUUUAUAUAAAAAUAAACCAAGUCAUC